AUGGGCAGUGUUGGAGGAGCUGAAGGGAAAGACAUGUGGAGUGAUAUUGGCCAUGGCGGAGAAGAGAAGAAAGAUUUGAGUGAUGGGUGGGGACGAAAUAAAGAUCCAGGGGCUCUUGGAAAAGGAAGGAAAAGAGCCAAAAUGUCAGAGCUUUAUGGAGAUGAUGACAGGUGGGCGACAUUUAAUUCUGGAACGUCUCUGUGGGUUGCAUACAAAGUUGUCCGCUGGGAGACAAAAGAGACAGGGAGCUAUAUACUUAAUACGGAUGGAUGUACUAAGGGUAAUCCAGGAGUAGGUGGAGGUGGUGGCGUUCUUCGGGGUUCAACUGACUUACCAAUGAUUGCCUUCUCGGCCUAUCUGGGAGAAACUACUUGUCUCCGAGCAGAGGCUCGUGCCCUUCUUAUGGGUCUUCAAACCUGUAUACAUAAGGGUUUCGGGAACAUAUGUGUACAAUCGGAUUCAUUGGUUUUAGUUGGGAUCAUUCAGUGUCGUACUCAGUGUCCGUGGCAAAUUCGAAGAGAGGUCAACCAGAUUUGGCAGUUAGUAGAAGAUCCAGCUUGUUGA